AUGACCAAAGUAGCCAACUCAAACAGGCCAGUUGAAGAGUGGGCACAGGAGGUGAAACCAACCUUUUUGAUUCAGGGUCUCUUGGAUUCAUUUAAUCCCAAGACAAAAGAUACCCCGAAGUGCAUCCUAUGUAGUGAUGAAGGAGCGGCACCUCCAGCCACUGCUUGGUGUGCUGACUGUGACAUCAGUCUUUGUGAGGGAUGCCAGAAGGCUCACAGACGUAUUCCUGCCACUCGUCAUCAUGACGUAUCUGACCUGUCCACAGAGGUCAAAAUCAACCAAAGACGCAAACCAUUCUGUAAGCAACAUCCAGAUCAAAGCAUGCAGUUCUACUGCAAAGAUUGUAAGAAACUGCAAUGUCAAUCCUGUUGCAUCUUGUAUCACAGAAAGUGUGAGGCAAUUCUACCGUUUGAAUCUGUUAUGCCAGAACUGAUCAGCUGUGUUACGGGAGUUAAGGAAAGACUAGCGUCUCAUUUACAAGCAACAGACAGUUUGCUAACAGAUUUAGAAACCAAACGGACUGAGGUAAUAAAGAACAGAGUCACCGUUCAGUGUCAGAUCCGAUCUACAAUCCAGAGAGUCACAGAAGCCGUAAAGAAAAAGGAACGACCACUCCUGGACCAACUGGAUGACGCCACUGAGAAACAUAUCGAGCGACUGAAAACUGAAAUGAAGUCUGAAGAGAUGGUCAAGCAGAUGAUAAGUCAUCACUCUGUGAUGAUAGACAGAGCUCUGGAGUCUGGAAGUGAAAUGGACAUCUAUGAGAUGUACCUGUGGUGUGAGUCAGAGGAGUUUCCAACAGUACACGACCCAGAUUCAGAUAUAACAUAUGAACUGAGAGAGAAAGUAUGUUUUAUGCAUGAUUGUGAAGAGAUCUGUAACAAUAUACACGAGGUAAGCUUGGGUGAAAUUGAUACCAUAUAUGAAGAUGUGUUUGAUUCUACAUCGACAUCAGUUCUGCACGACACAGUGGACAUACAAACAGAAGAUGAGACAAGUUUACCUCAUGUUUAUGACGUGGCAGUGUUCAAUGAAGGAGGUACAGACACCAUAGUUGUAACUGAUAAUAACAACAAGUGCGUCAAAUCCUUCUACACACGCAAUACUAAACCCUGUCAGAGCUUUCUGUUCAGAGCCCCCUUCGGCGGAUUGCAAAACUUAAUGCCCAUCACAUGGCUGUGA